AUGGUUGGGAAGGGGGUGCCCAUGCAAGCGGUUGGGAAGCAUCCUAGAGAUAAUGAUGAAGGCUUGGUUGCCAAUGUGCUGGUAAAGAAGAAAGCGCUAGAGGAAGCUCACCGGAGUGUGAUGGGAACAGGGCCGAGGCUUCCUCCCUUUGACCUGCAGGUGCCGCCAAAGCUCCCCUUUGGUAUGGAGGACGUUUAUGCCAAGGGGGUGGAGAAGAUGGACUUCUCCAGGCUGCGUCGGCAGAAGUUGGACUUCACCAAAACUCCCCUGGUGAACGUCUUCCUGGAAGGCGUGAAGUGUGACCCAGAGGUUCUAACGAGGACGCCGGCCACUUCCUAUGCAGAUCGGGCCCAGAAGACGUUUCUUACCCAUGCCUAUGCCUAG